GCUGCGGGACUGAGGCGCCGACAUGAACCUGCACCAGGUGCUCACCGGGGCCGUGAACCCCGGCGACCACUGCUUCUCGGUGGGCAGCGUUGGCGACCAGCGCUUCACGGCAUAUGCAUCUGGAUGUGACAUUGUAAUUUUGGGAAGUGAUUUUGAAAGAUUACAGAUAAUCCCAGGAGCUAAACAUGGAAAUAUUCAAGUAGGAUGUGUAGACUGUUCAGUGCUACAAGGCAAGAUUGCAGCAUCAUAUGGAAAACUUAUCUCCAUUUUUGAGCCAGUUAACCUACAGAAAGAAAAGAAAACUUUGGAAUCAUACAGUCAGUGGCAGAAAACGGGUCAAUUUUUUCUGGAGUCAAUAGCACACAAUAUAACUUGGGAUCCCACAGGCAGUCGUCUUUUAACUGGGUCCAGCUGUUUGCAGCUCUGGUCCAAUACUAAUUCAGAAAAGCUAAAUGAAGAUGAAAAUGCAGAUAAAGCAGAUCUUAACUUUGGGGACUGGAGAUGCAUCUGGCAUUGCAGAACUGCUUCUGAAGUGCAUUUAAUGAAAUUUUCACCAGAUGGAGAAUUUUUUGCCACUGCUGGGAAGGAUGACUGUCUUGUAAAGGUGUGGUAUAAUGUAGAAAACUGGCGGACAGCUGUUCCCUCUCCAGAUGGAAGGUCAGAAAAACAAUCCCAAGGGGAGAUGGACUUUUCAUUUGUGUAUCUGGCCCAUCCUCGAGCUGUAAAUGGAUUUUCCUGGCGUAAAACCAGCAAAUAUAUGCCUAGGGCUUCUGUAUGCAAUGUACUGUUGACUUGCUGCAAAGAUAAUGUCUGCCGUCUUUGGGUAGAGACAUUUUUACCAAAUGAUUGUUUGCUGUAUGGAGGUGACUGCAGCCAUUGGACUGAACCAAUUAAUUUAACAAAUAACAUCAAGAGAAAUGCUUCCAGCAAAGAACGAGUUCAAAAUGCUUUAGAUGUAAAUCUGAGGCAUUUUCGUAGAGGUCGGAGGAGAUCACUUGCACUUGCAGCACAUACUGGAUACCUGCCGCAUCAGCAGGAUCCACAUCAUGUUCACAGAAAUACUCCACUGCAUGCGAAUGCACUUUGCCACUUUCAUAUUGCUGCCAGCAUCAACCCAGCCACAGAUAUUCCACUUCUUCCUUCUAUUACAUCCCUAAGCCUCAAUGAAAAUGAAGAAAAGAGUGGACCUUUUGUUGUACACUGGCUGAACAAUAAAGAGUUGCAUUUAACUUUGUCCAUGGAAGUCUUUUUACAGCAACUUAGAAAAAGUUUUGAGCAACCUUCUUCUGAGGCCAGUGUGGAAGACUGUAAUCCAGCUGAUGUAAAAUCUGAUGAAGAAAUGGAUGAUGGUGUUGACAAUCUGAAAAUUAAUCACGAAAAGAAGGAAUUGAGCAGUAAUAAAAUAGAACCAAACUCCAGCUUUGUACCAUUACCAUCAGCUGCCAUCGAUCAUCAAAUUGAAGUGCUUCUGGCUGAAUGGAGUAAAAAUGCAGACAUGCUCUUCAGUAUUCAUCCUGUGGAUGGUUCUUUGCUUGUUUGGCAUGUGGAUUGGCUGGAUGAAUACCAGCCUGGUAUGUUUCGUCAAGUGCAGGUGUCCUUUGUUUCCAGAAUUCCUGUAGCCUUCCCCACCGGUGAUGCCAACUCUCUCUGUAAAAGCAUAGUGAUGUAUGCCUGUACAAAGAAUGUCGACUUGGCUAUUCUGCAAGGCAAACAAAAGCCUUCAAGUCUCACACAUUCCACAUCAAUGCUAAUCUCUUCUGGUCACAGUAAAUCAGCUAACAGUUUAAAAUUAAGUAUUUUCACCCCGAACGUUAUGAUGAUUUCAAAGCACGCUGAUGGCUCUCUCAAUCAGUGGCUGGUCAGUUUUGCCGAAGAAUCUGCUUUUUCUACAGUUCUCAGUAUUUCCCACAAAUCCAGAUAUUGUGGACAUCGCUUUCAUCUUAAUGAUUUAGCUUGCCACUCAGUAUUACCAUUAUUGCUGACUACAUCACACCAUAAUGCAUUAAGGACACCAGAUGUCGACAGCCAAAAGCAACCUGAUGAUAUUGUCUAUGUUGAAGAUUGUUCUUUGGGGCAACAGAAUAAAAGCACCACUGAUGUGGUAUUUCAGGAUCCUAAUGCAGUUUAUAGUGAGCUUAUUCUCUGGAGGGUUGAUCCAGUUGGGCCAUUGUCUUUUUCUGGAGGUGUUUCUGAGCUUGCCCGGAUUAAUUCUCUUCAUGUUUCUGCCUUUUCCAAUGUGGCAUGGCUGCCUACUCUUAUACCCAGUUACUGUCUAGGGGCAUACUGCAACUCUCCUAGUGCAUGCUUUGUAGCAAGUGAUGGACAAUAUCUGAGAUUAUAUGAAGCAGUUAUCGAUGCCAAGAAACUUUUAUAUGAGCUAUCUAAUCCAGAAAUUUCUAAAUACGUUGGUGAAGUGUUUAACAUUGUAAGUCAGCAAUCGACAGCCAGACCAGGAUGCAUUAUUGCAUUAGACCCCAUCACCAAACUUCAUGGCAGAAAAACACAACUCCUUCAUGUUUUUCAAGAAGAUUUCAUUUUGAAUGACCUUGAGAAGAAAAGUUGGGGAAAGGACAAUUUAUCUCAUGCAGGCAACUCACCUAAUAGAUUUUCUGAAAAGUUCUACCUAGUUGUAAUAGAGUGUACUCAAGACAACCGGUCAUUGCUACGUAUGUGGAAUUUACAUUUAAAGUCCAUUCCUGUCUCGUUGGAUGAAAAAACAGAUACAAAAACAGCUGAAGCAGGUUGUCAGCCUAACGAACAUUAUUCUUCUCCAGAAAAGAUUAUAUCUCCUUUUUCACAAAAGUAUGAAGCUUGCAGAGCAAAUCUUCAAAGUACCAGCAAGUUGACCCUUUCUUCAGAAAUGGUUUAUAGCCAAGAAUUGUGUUUACCUGACGGAGUUGAGAUAAUAAGUGUUAAGCCAUCAGCAGGACAUUUGAGUUCUUCUUCCAUAUAUCCUGUAUGCAGUGCUCCUUACUUAUUGGCAACUUCAUGCUCAGAUGAGAGCGUACGAUUCUGGAGAUGCAGAGUAACAGGUGUAGAAUCUGCUACAUCAAAGAAUGGCAAGAUGGAUCUUACAUACAUCUGGGAAGAAUGGCCAUUGCUUAUUGAAGAUGGACUUCAGAACAAUAGUAGUAUCUCUGUACCUGGUAGACCUAUAGAAGUUAGCUGUGCACACACAAAUCGUUUAGCAGUAGCUUAUAAGCAGCCUGCAUGUACUAGUAGCUCUUCUCAGGACUUUAUGAUGCAUGUAAGUAUUUUUGAAUGUGAAUCUACAGGAGGUUCAUGUUGGAUUCUUGAACAGACAAUUCAUUUAGAUGAGUUAAGCACAGUCUUGGAUUCUGGCAUUAGUAUUGACAGCAAUUUAGUGACCUAUAAUAAACAGGAGAUUUAUUUAUCUAGUAAAGAGACUAUCACAUCAAACACAAAGCACUUAGUUCACUUAGACUGGAUGUCUAGAGAGGAUGGUUCUCAUAUUCUGACUGUUGGAAUUGGAUCCAAGCUGUUUAUGUAUGGACCCCUGGCUGGCAAGCUACAAGAACAGUCUGGAAAGGAAAGUAUAGCAUUUCCGCUCUGGGAGGGCACUAAAGUUGUGCCUCUUUCCAAGUUUGUUCUGUUACGAAGUGUGGACCUGGUUUCAUCUGUGGAAGGCUCCCCACCUUUACCUAUUUCUUUGUCAUGGGUUCGUGAUGGCAUCCUGGUGGUAGGAAUGGACUGUGAAAUGCAUGUAUAUUCCCAAUGGCAGCCAUCUUCUAAACAAGAACUGGUUAUAGCAGAUUCAUACAGUGGAAGCACUCCAUCUAUAGUAAGUUUAGUUAAACAAAGUAAUUCAUCAAGUUUUGGGUUGCAUCCUCCAAAGAAAACUCUGACUCGAUCCAUGACCAGUCUUGCACAGAAAAUCUGUGGAAAGAAAACGGCAUUUGAUCCUUCAGUGGAUAUGGAAGAUUCUGGACUCUUUGAAGCAGCUCAUGCACUUUCCCCAACUUUACCUCAGUACCAUCCCUUGCAGCUUUUGGAACUCAUGGAUCUUGGGAAAGUUCGGAGAGCAAAAGCCAUCUUGUCGCAUCUUGUCAAGUGCAUUGCUGGAGAAGUUGUGGCGCUGAAUGAAACUGAAUCCAAUCAUGAACGCCGCCUUAGGUCUCUCACCAUCAGUGCUAGUGGAAUCACUACCAGAGACCCCCAAGCAUUCCACAAAAGUGAAAGUACAGAUUAUACAGAAAUAGAUUCUGUCCCUCCGCUUCCUUUAUACUCUUUACUUGCAGCAGAUGAUGACAGCUGUUACUCAGCCUUGGAGAUCUCUAGUAACCAGAAUACCUUAAAUAAAUCAAACCAAUUAUCAACUGAAAAUUAUGAUGAGCUUUUUCAGAUCUCAGCUCUAAUGUCUGACAGCCAUGUGUUAGAGACAGACGAAGAAAACACAAAGCCCAGGGUUAUUGACCUGUCACAGUACAGUCCAACUUACUUUGGUCCUGAGCAUGCUCAGGUUCUUUCUGGCCACUUACUUCAUUCCAGCUUACCAGGACUCAGCCGAAUGGAGCAGAUGUCUUUAAUGGCCUUAGCAGACACAAUUGCAACUACAAGUACUGAUAUUGGAGAAAGCCGAGACAAAAGCCAAGGUGGAGAAACUCUUGAUGAAUGUGGAUUAAAAUUUCUUUUGGCUGUUCGACUCCAUACCUUCCUUACAACUUCCCUUCCAGCCUAUCGAGCUCAACUCCUUCACCAAGGUCUUUCUACUAGUCAUUUUGCCUGGGCAUUUCACUCAGUAGCAGAAGAAGAAUUGCUGAACAUGUUGCCAGCGAUGCAAAAAGAUGAUCCCACUUGGGCUGAGCUAAGAGCUAUGGGUGUAGGGUGGUGGGUCCGGAAUACCCGAAAUUUACGCCGAUGCGUAGAAAAGGUAGCCAAAGCUGCUUUUUACCGAAAGAAUGAUCCUUUAGAUGCUGCCAUCUUUUACCUCGCAAUGAAAAAGAAAGCUGUGAUUUGGGGGUUAUAUAGAUCUCAAAAGGAUGCCAAAAUGACACAAUUUUUUGGACACAAUUUUGAGGAGGAUAGGUGGCGUAAAGCCGCUUUAAAGAAUGCCUUUUCCUUACUAGGCAAACAGCGUUUUGAACAUUCUGCAGCAUUUUUUCUUUUAGCUGGCUGCCUUAGAGAUGCAAUUGAGGUAUGUCUUGAAAAACUGAAUGACGUUCAGUUGGCUCUUAUAAUAGCAAGACUCUAUGAAUCUGAAUUUGAUAGAGCAUCUACAUAUAAGUCUGUAUUACGUAAAAAGGUUUUGGGAAUUGAGUCUCCUGCCAAUGAAGUCAAUUUAUUGAACAUAAAUAUGCAUUAUGAUCCUUUUCUUCGGAGUAUGGCAUAUUGGAUUUUGGAAGAUUAUGGUAGUGCUCUGGAAACAUUAAUAAGGCACCCUGUCAGAGAGGAUCAUGGUCAAGCCAUGAUGUCAGGCUGCAAUCCUGCAGUUUUCAACUUCUAUAAUUAUCUAAGGACACAUCCUCUAUUGCUGAGACGUCAUGUUGGCUCUUCUGAUGCAUUUUCCAUACACACGAGUCUAACAGGGAAAAAUGGGCUAUCUGGAACAAUCAACUUAAGUGAAAGGAGAUUAUUUUUUACUACUGCCAGUGCACAUUUAAAAAAUGGUUGUCCCAUGUUGGCUCUGGAAGUUUUAUCAAAGAUGCCCAAAGUCAUAAAAAAGACGAAACCUUUUUGUAGAACAUCUAGUUUUUUUGAUACUAGUAAAGACUGUUCUCCAUCUUCUCCAUCAAAAUUGGAUGCAAGGGAAGAUAAGUCUGCUGUUGAUUGGUCUCAGUCAUUGGUGAAUGGUUUUGGAUCUUCUUCGGAGGGUUCCUCAGAGAAGCAAUCAAACUCCACUCUUUCUUUUGACUGGAGCCAACCAAGUUUUGUAUUACAAGAAGACUCCUUAGAGUUAAAAUGGGACAGUGACAACGAUGAAGAAAAUGAGGACCUUCCUAUUUCAAUGAAGGAACUAAAACCUUCACAGGGAAAAAUCAGUAAAAAAUUAGAUGAAACAAGUUCUAAUUGCACAGAAUCUUUCAAUACACUAGAUGAGAAUGACAUUUUAAGUCCUUCAGAAGAUAUAAUUACAGUUCAAUUAAAAUUUAGAGCAUGUUUGAAGAUUCUCACAGUAGAACUUCGUACUUUAUCUACUGGUUAUGAAAUAGAUGGUGGAAAAUUGCGUUACCAACUCUACCAUUGGCUUGAAAAAGAAGUGAUAGCUCUUCAGAGGACUUGUGACUACUGUGCAGAUGUUGAAGAAUUACAGCCUGCAUUUGAUGAAGAUGGAGAUGAGGUUCGAUUAAGUGAUGAUGCUGAAGACUUGCUUCAUCAAACAAAAGUGAAAAAACUGAAGGAAAAUUUUCAGGAAAGAAGACAGUGGCUCUUAAAGUAUCAGUCACUCUUGAGGAUGUUUCUUAGUUACUGCAUACUUCAUGGAUCCCAUGGUGGGGGCCUUGCAUCUGUGAGAAUGGAACUGAUUUUGCUUUUACAAGAAUCUCAGCAGGAAACAUCAGAACCAAUUUUUCCUAGCCCUUUGUCAGAGCAAACUUCAGUACCUCUCCUCUUUGCUUGUACAGCUAGUGCCAAAACAGUAGUUGCCAAUCCAUUAUUGCACCUGAGCAACCUAACACAUGAUAUUCUACAUGCCAUAGUAAAAUUUGAUUCACCUCCCCAUCCUGAUAUCCAGAACAAUAAUGUAUAUGUAAUGCAUACAUUAGCAGCUUCACUUUCUGCUUGUAUUUAUCAGUGUCUUUGUGGUAGUCAGAAUUACAGUUCAUUACAAACAAACCAGUUUACAGGAAUGGUGUAUCAAACAGUACUGCUUCCCCACCGGCAUUCUUUGAAAACAGGAAGCUUAGAUGAAGCAAUGACUCCCAACACGUCACCAGCUAAAUGGCCAGGAAUAACCUCUCUAAUUCGACUUUUGAAUUCUUCGGGUGAGGAAGCCCACCCUGGGCUUACAGUUUUGCUCUGUGAGAUUCUCACAGCAGUUUAUCUUAGUCUCUUCAUCCAUGGCCUGGCGACACAUUCUAGUAAUGAGCUAUUUCGGAUUGUGGCUCAUCCUCUCAAUGAAAAAAUGUGGUCUGCUGUAUUUGGUGGAGGUGCACAUAUUCCCAGCAAAGAACAGGCACAUUCAAAAGCUUUAACUGGAAGGCACUUUGCUAUGCCUAGCCCCCACCAGGUAGUGGUAUUCUCCAUGGAGUGUGUGGGCUUUUCCAAAGCUCUCUCAGCCAUCAGUUCUCAUAGCCCUCCCAGUCUUGCAGUUUCCUCAUUAGUGGAAGAAGGAGAGAAACAGAACAAACCAUUUAGGCCAUCAAAAAUGUCUUGCAGAGAAACUGCUUCCCCACCAGUCAUCCAGGAGUCACUAGCAGUGAAAGAGAAGUUCAUCCCACCCGAGCUCAGUAUCUGGGACUAUUUCAUAGCCAAGCCAUUUCUACCCCCUUCCCAAAGUAGAGCAGAAUAUGAUUCAGAGGAGAGUCUGGAAAGUGAUGACGAUGAUGAUGAUACUUUAUCAUCAGAUUUCCAUCUCCAAGAGCAUUCAAACUCAAACUCAUAUAGUUGGUCUUUGAUGCGAUUAGCGAUGGUGCAGUUGGUACUCAACAAUUUGAAGACUUUCUAUCCCUUUGCAGGUCAUGAUCUCGCAGAACUUCCUGUGAGUUCACCACUUUGUCAUGCAGUUCUAAAAACCCUCCAGUGUUGGGAACAAGUUCUUCUCCGACGCCUUGAAAUCCACGGCGGGCCACCUCAAAACUAUAUCUCUAGUCAUACCUCUGAAGAAAGGUUGUCCUCAGGUCCUGAAAUUCUUCGCCACAAAGCUUUGUUGGAACCUACAAACACUCCUUUCAAAUCCAAACACCACCUGGCACUUUCUGUGAAGAGGCUUUGGCAGUACUUGGUAAAACAGGAGGAAAUUCAGGAGACCUUUAUCAGAAAUAUAUUCACAAAGAAACGGUGCUUAAAUGAGAUAGAAGCAGAUUUGGGCUAUCCUGGUGGUAAAGCAAGAAUUAUUCAUAAGGAAUCUGAUAUCAUUACUGCCUUUGCUGUUAAUAAAGCAAAUAGAAACUGCAUUGCAAUUGCUUCCAGCCAUGACGUUCAAGAAUUAGAUGUUUCAGGGAUUCUAGCUACACAGAUCUAUACUUGGGUGGAUGAUGAUGUAGAAAUGGAAGCCAAAAGCUCAGAAGAUUUCUUGGUUAUACAUGCUCGUGAUGAUUUAACAGCCGUUCAGGGUACAACUCCAUAUACACACAGUAAUCCUGGCACUCCAAUCAACAUGCCAUGGCUUGGUAGUACACAGACUGGCAGAGGAGCAUCUGUGCUGAUUAAGAAGGCCAUUAAUAAUGUCAGAAGAAUGACUUCUCAUCCAACUCUUCCUUAUUAUCUGACAGGAGCUCAAGAUGGAAGUGUCAGAAUGUUUGAAUGGGGCCAUUCUCAACAAAUAACCUGUUUUCGAUCUGGUGGCAAUUCAAGAGUUACACGAAUGAGAUUUAACUAUCAGGGAAAUAAGUUUGGAAUCGUUGAUGCUGAUGGAUAUUUGAGCUUGUAUCAAACAAAUUGGAAAUGUUGCCCAGUAACUGGAAGCAUGCCUAAGCCAUAUCUGACUUGGCAAUGUCAUAACAAAACAGCCAAUGAUUUUGUCUUCGUGAGUUCCUCCUCUCUGAUAGCUACUGCUGGUCUUUCAACAGACAAUAGGAACAUAUGUUUGUGGGAUACUCUUGUUGCACCUACCAAUAGUUUAGUCCAUGCUUUUACUUGCCAUGAGAGUGGAGCCACGGUGUUAGCAUAUGCCCCCAAACAUCAACUGCUGCUAUCAGGUGGCAGAAAAGGCUUUACAUGUGUGUUUGACCUUCGCCAACGACAACAGAAGCAGCUUUUCCAGAGCCAUGACUCUCCAGUGAAAGCCAUUGCUAUUGACCCAAGUGAAGAGUACUUCGUUACAGGAUCUGCUGAAGGGAAUAUCAAGAUUUGGAGUCUUUCAACCUUUAAUCUUCUCCACACUUUUAUCAGCGAACAUGCUCGGCAGUCCAUUUUUAGGAAUAUUGGAACCGGCGUGAUGCAAAUUGAAACAGGACCAGCAAAUCACAUUUUCUCUUGUGGAGCUGAUGGAACAAUGAAAAUGAGGAUACUGCCAGAUCAGUUUAGCCCAUUAAAUGAAGUGUUGAAAAAUGAUGUGAAAUUUAUGCUCUGACACUUUGACUAUAACAUGUAUAAUUUAUUAUCUACUUCAUGGAAGUGGCCAACAGAUAUAAUGAUAGAAUGUACAGUGAUCACUCUUAAUUAGUGCCACAUAUAAGCUAAUGCUCUCUUGUUUUCAUAUUUAUUUUAUAAAGCCUUUGCCCAUUAUACACUGAUGCCUUAAAGAUUAACAAGGUCAUUCAGAAUUAGAUUAUAUUGCCUAAAGUAGAAUGUAUAAUUAAUACUAUAAUACAUACAUAUUUAUAGUAUUUUGUAGUAAGUAUGUCAUAGUGUUAAAGGAGUUUUGCUUUCUUUUUGUUGUUAAUAACUUCUGCAGAUAACUGCUUGAAUUUCUUUCACACAAAAAUACCUUUUAUUUAAUGGUUUUACACGUGAUAGUUAGUCAUUGUUAAUUCACUACAAUCUCACUUCCUUAUCAUAUUUCUACACCUCAGAUGUCCCCUUUUUAAAUCUAUACUAGUGUGACAUUUAGGUAAGAAUCAAACAGUGAGCAUCUUCACAAAAGCUGUCACUGGGACUUUAGUGAUAAAUGAACCAAAUGGCUCAUUACAUAAAAUGUUCAUCCGUCUAACUCUAGAUCCCAAGUUGUAUGUAUGCGCAUGUGCAUCUGUGUAUAUAUGUGUAUAUAUAUUUUGCACAACUUAUUUGAACUUAGUUUGUGUACAUAAAAACUACACAUUUUUUCAUGUGUUUUUGUGCCAUAACAAGUACUGCCACCAGAAUAACAAACUUUUAGCAAUUUUUUUAACAUUUUGCUUUUUAAUUUUAAUCCUAAUUAGCAAAUAAAUUUGAGAAAGACUUGCAAGAGUAUUACUUUAAAGGUUGUUUUAAGUUAAAUGAGCCUUAGAAGGCAAUAAAGAUUCUGUGUUGGCAUAGGUAAGACACUUUAGCGUGUGUAUGCUUGUGAAUUUGUCAAAAGAUUUUGAGCAUCAAAUUAGCAUUUUAUUUAAAUUUUAGUUUUAGGUAUUUUGGAUCUAAAAUUUUGAAACCUUCAAACAAUAUUUUCAGAAAUAAAUGUGAAAACAGUCAAACAGAAAGUAUUUACAAAUGUAAAUUACCUGUCAGAUCUACCAUUAAUAAAAAAUCAAACAUAUUAUUUUUGCCAAAAUAUAUAUUAUUUUAUUAUAAAUAUGACCGACCAAAAUAUUAAAAACACAGAAUGCAUUCAACUUGCAUGUGCUAAUCCUAUGUCUUUCUGUUUUGUGCUGUAUGCCUUUUUCUAACGCAGAAUUAUAGAAAACAUGAUAAAUACUUGAUUAUAACCAGUGAGAGUUGAGGCACAUGGGACUUAAGUGUUUAAGGGACAAUUAUAUAUACUAUUUAGCUUAAAUAUAUUUUGUUUAAUAGGAACUAUAAAAGAUUUUUAUGUAAUAACAUAUGGACAACUGUUAUCUUGGAAAUUAAAGAGUCAAAUAAAGUGAAGUACUGAAGGGCUGGCAAAAUGAAUUUUGUAAUAUCCUCAGGAUACUUUUAUCUUAAAAAUAUAUUAGUAAAGAUUUUGUAAAUUGUAUUUCAUAAUUUUAAAUGUGUUGAACCAACAUACAGUGGAAAUGCUGUAAUUAUGUAGAGGUUUGUGUACACAUAAUAACCUGUACCUAUAAAUUGUGCAAUAACUAUGUGACUAUUUUUGUCAUAGAGAAAUCUGUGACAGCAUUGCAAACAGUAAUAUUGUUUAAUAUAGUUAAGUUUAAGUUAUUUUUCAGUGAUUUCUUCACAAAUCAAGAUUUAAAAGUGUUUGGACACUUUCAAUGACGUAGACUAUUAAUGUGCUUCUGAGAAAAAACGAUUGUGGAUAAGCAAGCAUUUUAUUUGAGGGUUUAUAUGAACACCUAAAUUAUGGAAACCCAUAUGUAUUUACAUCCAGAGUCAUAAAUAUUUUAAAUAAACAAUCAUGCAGUGA